AUGCCCGUCGCCAUGGUUAACAAUCAAUUAUUGUCGCACCGAGCUCCCGUGAAGCGCCCGUCACCAAAAAAAGAACAAUGGCAUACGAACAAACAAACUCGUGCCAUUGCCGGGUUCACUGAUCGUGAUGGAGGGUCGAUUGGCAACUGCAUUGGAAGCCUCGAGACAGGGCCACAGCCCGGCAUUGCCUCUAGACUCCUCUCUUCUCCAACUUUUUGUGUUUCUGAACGCUCGAACUACUUGACCACCACCAUCAGACAUAGGCCUGCGACUAUGUACCACAUCCAAACACGCACUACCAACACUAACCUAGUUGCCCAAGAAGCCCGUCUGCCCAUCAACCCAAUAGUCUUCAACCCCGCAUUGUCUGGGGAAAUAGCAACACCUCACACAUGUAGGAGAUACGGAAAUCAAGUGACACAAGCACUACAAGGUGGACGAGAGGAGGGCCGUUGGCUUUGA